UAAUUUCGUAUUUAUCUCCCUUGUUGUAACAUGUUUAGAAAAGACAGGCUAAAGCUUUGAAAGAUACAUUAUUCAAAUGCCUCUCCCACAAGCUCUUUUAGCUCGACUUCAAAAGCGAGGAAUUGUUAAAGAUGAGCAAAAAUCAGCUGAUGAAGUUGAGGAGGUUUUUGCAGAAGAUUAUGAUGACCCUGUGAAAGAAGCAGAAUAUGCAAAGCCAGCAGACAUUCCUGAACCUCAAUCAGAAGAGGAGGAGGAUGAGGAAGAGGAAGACGGACCUCUCAUCCAUCACAUCCCAGCAUGCCCUAAUAGAUCUAAUAAAUACCACACAUGUGUCGAUUACUGCAAGGAAAAGUGGGGGAUGAAAGAAUUCCAGAAAGACUCCGAUAUGACCAGAAAAAGAGACAGAAUGUUAGGGAAAUAUCCAUUACCAGAUGGUUGGUUAGAAGUGGCUGAUCCUGAAACAAAUAGAUACUAUUACUGGAACUUGGUAACAGAUCAGGUGUCAUGGCUGUCCCCCGUUCAUCCUUCUGCACAAAUUACCUUAUCAGCCGACAAAAUACAAGCAAUAUUUGGAGAUUCAGCUAUAGUGAGUAGCCAUGACGACGAUUUACAUCUCAGUGAUGAUGAAGAGAUGGAUGUCAAUGAUUCAGAGAGUUCACCUAGUAGUAGUUCAUCCAGUGACUCUGAUUCUGAUGAAGAGUUUGAGAGAAAGCGUCAGCGUACAGAUACUAACAGACAAGAUGACAAGAGAGGUGGAAGGGGAGGGGGUGGGGGAAGUGGCAGAGGAGGAGCUGGUAGGGGUGGUGGUGGUAGGGGUGGCAGAAGAAACCAAAAUAAAAAGGAAGAACUGGAUCCAAUGGACCCUGCAUCUUACUCUGAAGUAUCAAGAGGCUCCUGGUCAUCUGGGCUAGAUAGAGGUAAUGAGGCCAAGACAGGAGCUGACACUACAGCAUCUGGACCUUUAUUCCAACAGAGACCAUAUCCUAGUCCUGGUGAAAUCAUGCGGCGGAACCAGGCAAACAAAAAGUGAUGAGACUUUUCAAUGAUUAGGCAGUCAACUGGAUAUUUUAAAUGUGUUUGAAUGAUCUCAGUGAAUGAAAUUCAAUGCAUUAUUGACAUUAUGCAAAUCCUGUUUAAAAUCCUGCAUCAGAGUCUGUUAUGGCAUGUAUAGGUUGACCUUUGUGUGUUAUGAGAAAAAAUAAAUAAACAGUCCAACUUCCACAGCUCAUACAUAUUCAAACACAGGUACAUGGUUGAACAACUUUUCAUUACAUAUGCAUUAUUCAUCUAUGUUUUCAUUACAUAUGCAUUAUUCAUUAAUGAUUUUCAUUAUAUAUGUAUUCAUCAAUGUUUUCAGUACAAUGUCUUUAAGUCAGUACUUUCAGUUGUCCUUUAUGACCUUUCCAUCGUGGUGGCUACUUUUAUUUUUACAGCUUAAUGUUGAUCAAAUGUUUCAUGACAUAUGUGAAGCUUUCUCUCAUUUUGAUGUUUGCAUACAAUAUUUGGUUCAAAGAUGUGGUCAAGAAAAUGAGACUUUACACUACUGUUUUUUUAU